UCUCUUGGCAUCACUGAUCACCCGCAUGAAGUGAAUGCUGUGUCCCUGCGUUACCCUAGACGGUAUAGAGCUGGCGGUGGUGAAGGCUUGUCUGUGAGUUUCCAGUGGAGUCGGGCCUCGGAACAGGUAUGCCGGCGGGUUCACGAGUACCCGAGGUAUGUGGUAAUACUAGCAUUUUCCAUGUGGAGUGGGACGUCAGCUCCUUUGUUUCUAUUCUAUUUGCAGAGCUUCGCUUUGUCCGGUCAAGUCGUAGCAUUCCAUCGUCCGAAGACUACCCUGUCAGCGUGCACGAGACCACCGGUACCUUAUGUGCGAAUCCGUCAAGAACAUUUGAGUACGGUCUUAUGCAUGAGAGACCAGGUGUGGAGCUUGCAGCGCUUAGGCGGCUAACCCAUCUCGUAUUGCCCUACGCUACUUACGAAUCUGCAUGCUCAGCGGCGAACUUGCAUCAUGUGAUAUUCGGCUGCACAAGGGACACUGCAGCGGAUUGCAUGGUAGAGGCCGGCGAGUCUACCGAGAGGGUCGUUUCUGACAGUGUACGCGUCUACCGCCAGCAAUGCUUGGGGAGAAACGUCAAGAAAGAGAUGUGUCUAGUGCAACUGAGUGCGACUUGGACAAAGCAGACAUUCUGCACUAUACAAAGCAACAGCUUCACCACAAGUGACAUGCUGUACCGAUGUAGCUUUAUGCAAGUAACGCAGAUAUUGGCGGAGAUUUCUGUAUGUACAUGAGUAGGUGGUGCACAGUACAGUACAUCUGAGCUCUCGGCUCGUGCCUUCAAGUAAGAUAUGAAAUGGGUGAACGCUGUGUUCUCAUGCGUCGUGCAACGGCAAGAAGAGCGAC